AUGAUUUUAUUGUUUACUUGUUCUAAAAAGACAUGGGAUGUUAUCAAAAAUAUUUUUGGAUAUAUUUCUAUAUGUACUCCCGAUGAUUGUGCUCGUCAACGUGCCCUGCUCCAUACUCUUCUACAAUGGAGUCAGCGUGCUCAAGAACAUAACAUUCAAUAUUGGAUUGCAUAUAAAACACUUCUUGGUUAUGUCCAACGUGAUGGUUUACUGCCACAUGCUCUAAACCUUGAUAUUUUAGUAAUGGCACAAGGUACAUCGCAUCUUGCUGAACUUUGUACAUUAAAUUUUUCAUCCGAUUAUGAACUGAAACUUCAUCCACAAUGGUUUAUUGUUGAAAAAACUAAGCGUUCGUAUUUCAACCAGGAAGGCAUCGAUUUUGUGGAGCCUAAUGCACGAUUCAUCAAUCGAAAAGAUCAUGUACACAUCAAUAUUUGGCCUAUGUAUGAUUAUAACCCGAAUCAGACAAGAAUAGAGAAGAAUAGUCAACCUAUGCUUACUGAAUACGACAAAAAUUAUAAAUGGAAAUCAUCACCAAAAGAAUGGACAUUCCCCGUUGCAGAAAUGUUUAUUGAGUGGAAUCAAAGUAUGGUGCCCAACAAAUUCAAAGAAUCUAGUAGCUCACAUCUAUGA